UGAACCUCGCACUAGAAAGCUCCAGACCACAAACGCCAGUCCGUUGUUGUUGUUGUUGUUGUUGUUGUUGUUGUUGUUGUGUCGGACAGGUGCACCAAACUGCUGACUUUACGUUUCCCUCAGCAGCAGCGGUCUGGGCGUGUGUUUCCUAAAUGUUGGGACUGCACCUUUAACGGUCCCUGAACGCGCCCUGUGGUCGUGUUCGUCCAAUUAGUGUGUAGGUAGCGCACCGGAAGAGACCGACAACCGACGCGCACGGACGCGCACGGACGCGCACGCGGAUCCUGGCUGGGUUGUUUGUUUGUUUUUCAGUUCCUGAACGCGGAGAGAGAGAGGAGAAGAAGAAGAAAAAAGGUGCGCGUGAAGUCCCCGUUCAGCUGCGUGAAAAGCUGAUCAAGUCCGAUCCGAUGGUUUGGCAGGAAGAUUACCCGAUGAUCGAAGUAUCGAUCCCCUCGAUGGAGCGCGAGGUGGACGAGUCGGGGAAGUCCAGGAAGCUCUUCAGAGUGGAAGUCUUGUUUCACGGGAGGAAACAUUAUGUGCUCCGGAGAAACAGUGAAUUCCAGACUCUCCACAGAAAGCUCAGGAAGAUCAUCCACACUCCAGAUUUCCCGAGCAAAAGGAACCCCCACCUGAGGACCAAACCUCAGGAGCAGAGGAGCCAGGAGCUGGAGGACUACGUCCAGGACAUCAUCUACCAGAAUGAAGACGUGCCCCAGGUGCUGCUGGACUUCCUCCACGUGAAGCACUUUCACACCAAGAUCAGCAGCAUGGAAUCCCUUGAUGAGUUGGACAGUCAGGAUUACAGUUAUCCGUUACCAAAUCAGCGAGUGUUGGGAUUCUUUCACGAUCCCUAUGUCUCCGACUGCACCUCAGAGCUCCCAGAUGUCGUUGUGGACGGGGUUCUUCAGGGUUUUUACACCCGGGACGUCCGGGUCAGCUUCACCGCUCCCGUCCUCACCGAGCCCGACGCCGCCGCUUCCAUAGAGGCCUGAAAUCCCAGUUGGACAUGGGAUUUAUUGUUCUGAAAUAUAGAAUAUAUGCAACAUGGCCAAAUACACAAAGCCAGCAAGGAAGAUACGUAAAGUGCCUGAAAUACCAAAAUGAGUCUUGAAACUUUAGUAAAUAUUGAAUGAAAGCGAGGCAAUGUUACGUGUCCACGGUAAAACUUGUCUUUUCAUUCAUAUUUUACUACUUGUGCUUACUUUAGGUUUAAAAUAAAGGAGCAGUGUAGAAAAUUACGUGAAAUCCAGGCAGCAGAAAGUUACUUUUAAAAAUAUUUCUGGUCAAUUUUAUUCACAGUUGAUUCGGACUUGAGUAUAGAAGUUUCUUUCAUUCAUAUAUUUGUAGUCAUUUGAGUUUGAGGCUGGAACUAAUUUGUACAUAAGUGUUCGUCAAACAGUCAGCUUUUUUUUGUUGCUUUUUUUUGGCCGUGUUAUAUUAAAAUUUUGGGGUUAAAUGUACUUUUGUAUCAUGUUGUUUAUAUUGAAAUUAUAAUAAAUAAUCCAACAAGA